AACUACCAGAGAGGAGCAAAUGAAUGUGAACCAUAGUGAUAACUGAAUGUUGCAAAACAGGCGGUUCUGCAGGCAAAAGAGAAAUUUGCUCUCUUUCUUUUAUGGGGAGCUAUCCAAAACAAUCCAGUGUUCAUCCAGAGUUAUCUGAAGAUGACAUCAAAGAUGAGGACACCGUCCACACUCAUGACUUCAUUUUCUACCUCUCCGACGCAGUCUAUCCUCCAGCUGAACCUGAAGAUCAACUCUUCUGAACAGCCUAUUCCCUGGCUGAACAGCAGCAACUGGCAGUCCGUCAAAUCUUCAGGUUUCGGGAUGUCCUGUUUCACUAUGAUAUUUGGUGCCAUCUCCAACCUUACGGCUCUGGGUAUCUUGGCCCGCGUUCGAAAACGCCGCCAGUCCAAAGCACCAUUUCUGCUUCUAACAGUGGCUUUGCUUUUGGCUGAUCUGGGAGGUCAUGUGAUCCUAGGUGCCUUUGCUUUGUACCUGCACAUGGAUCUGAGGUAUCAAAACCAGGUAAGGAAGCCCGCCAAGGAAUUCUGUCAGAUCUUCGGGUCAAGUAUGGUGUUUUUUGGCUUAUGCCCUUUGCUGUUGGGUUGUGCCAUGGCAGUGGAGCGCUGUGUGGCCAUCACCCUGCCCUUUUUUCACACUGCUAUGAUCACAGUGGCUCAUGUGCGCCGAGCUGUGUUACUUCUGUCUUCUCUUGCACUUGUACUGGCAGUUCUACCUUUGUUCGCUGUAGGGACUUACACUACCCAACCUCCCGGGACAUGGUGUUUUUUGCCUAUCCAUGGCCCACAGUCUGCAGCUGACAGCAACCUGACCAUGGCCUUCUCAGGUUUGGGUCUUGCUGCACUCACUCUUUCACUACUCUGCAACAUCGUGAGUGGUCUGACGUUGCUGCAGGCCAGAAGGAAGUCUCAUAGUGCUAAAACAACAUCGGCAGCUGGCCUUACUCGCCGUGCUUCAACCGCAUCGUCUUCCACCUUGUUUUGCUCAUUGGAUGUAGAGAUGAUGGCACAGCUGGCAGUGAUCACAGUGGUUUCCUGUGUAUGCUGGAGCCCUUUUCUUAUCCACAUUCUUGUGAUGCAGUUCAACCGAGGCCAUGGGGCAUCAACACAUGAGAGAGAUGGGCUUAUUCUUCUGGGCUUACGUAUGGCCUCCUGGAAUCAGAUCUUGGACCCAUGGGUUUAUAUCUUACUGAGGAGGGCAGUGCUUUUCAGAGUUUGCUCUGUUUUCCACACAGAGACACCCAAAGUGACAGCAACAAGCUCCUUCGCAGACAUACGCAGGCAUGCUCUCAGUCUGCAAUGAACAUAUUGCUCUUGAACUUUAUCACUUAACAGGCUGUAAUAUUUUGACUAAAAUAAUUUCUUUCCAGUGUGUUGUUAAAAGUGUUAAAAUGUAAACUUUGAAGAGUUAUUCUCAACAGGCCUUGAAUAAAGUCCGUCGAGCCAAGAGUCGUCAAGGCCUCAGUGUGAUUAUCGAAUGGAAACAGACAUUCACAAUAUUUCACAGCAUGUAGUUAGU